AUGGCGGUACCAGUGUGCUCACUGCCGACCAACAUGAACAGCACCGACAAGCUGAAAGUAAUACUCCUAUGCGGCCUAGUAUUAUCGGUCGUAGCCGAAGAGGCGAAGAAGACCGAAUCUAGCGCUAAGCCCAAGGAUGAAAAAUCGAAGCGUGGACUGGAGCUAAGUCUGGGUGAUCACGGUGGUUUUGGGGGCGGUUUCGGCGGCCAUGAUUUAGGCAGUGGAUUCGGAGGCGGUGGAUUCGGAGGCGGAGGUGGAUUUGGUGGUGGCCACGAAAUAAUCUCUACUGAUCACAUCAAGGCGGUUACGGUCACGAAGCACGUGCCAGUGCCGCAUCCGUAUCCGGUGGAGGUCACGAAGCAUGUGCCUUAUCCGGUAAAGGUGCCAGUCAAAGUACCUGUCGACCGCCCGUACCCGGUCCACGUACCGAAACCUUACCCAGUGGAGGUCACGAAGCACGUGCCCUACCCAGUGGAGAAGCCAGUGCCCUUCCCGGUCAAGGUACCCAUAAAGGUGCCCAUCAAAGUACCCUAUCCGGUCAAGGUACCAGUCAAGGUCCCGGUCGAAGUGUCGAAACCAGUGCCCUACCCGGUCAAGGUACCCGUAGUCGUCAAAGAACCUUAUCCCGUAGUCGUUAAGAGUCAUCACGACGAGGGUGGUUUCGGCGGCGGUGAUAUCGGCGGAUUUGGCGGUCACGACUUUGGCGGUCACGACUUUGGCGGCGGUGAUUUCGGCGGACACUACUGAGAAAAUAAGCGCAUGAGAAGAAACGAAGGCUUCAUCGUCUUCCCCUUUUUUGUUUGACGGCUCGCGGCCCAAGAGACCAGGAGAUAUUCGAUGGAUCGAUCAUCGAAGGAUCGAGGAACGACCGGCAAAAGUUGCCACAUCGUUAAUUAAUAGAAGUCAAUACGAUGCGUAAAUAUUGUAUUCUUCGUGAUCCGAUCCUCGAAUUGUACUAUACACCCCGUAAAUGUAAAAAAUAAAUAAAGUAUUUUUUUUUACAUAA